AUGAAUUUACGAUAUCAGGAAACGUUUUGUAUCAUAUUUUUACUAUGCACCAGUAUUACCCUCGGAGAAGACUUUGACUUUGUGUCGGAGGCGAACGAUGAUGUGGAGCCGAUAUCAGCGGAACCACUGAAUGUAGAUAGCCAAGCGAAAUUAAAUAAUCUAAAGAUAAAGGCCGGUUUCGACAUUCUGCCGACCAAGACCACGAUUCAACUUUCCCUGAUUCUACGGUCCAAGAGCUGGAAACAUGUCCAGACCAGCCUGAAGCAACGCACAAUCAGCAAGCUGGCUGAAUAUUUCCUAGUCCCUGAGGAUUCUUUCAUUGUUGAAGAUGUGAACAGCUACGAUAGGCACACGAUGCUGGAGAACGCCCUGAAGUACGACAAGAAACCUCCGCUGGCGGGAAAAUCGCUAGGAUUGAUUGGAUUUCCGAUUGAAUACGGAGAGAAGUUGUCACGAAGUGCUUGGCAAAAGGUACGAAAUAUCAACAAACAGCUGGCCGAAAUUCGUGACAUCACCGGUAUGGACUUUGGCUGGUGGAUCAUCUGGAAAUCGGAACCAACAAGGCAAUGGUCAGCAAAUGAGCAGAAGAAUUUGGCCAGGCAGAAGCGUGAAGUAGCAUUUGAUGACGAAUACACCUACGACUACGACGACGAUGAUGUUGCAGAUGAUGAUGAAGGAGAAACUACAGAAAUUCCUCAUGCUCGCCGACACCAUCAUGGUUCCAGUGAGUAUAGCACCAAGAGUGCCCACAGCUCACCAACUCACGCCACUAACAAGCAUACUAACAAUGAUGGACAUGUGUCGGAAAAGCAUCAUCACCAUCAACAUCAGCAACAUCAGCAACAACAACAACAUCAUACCCAUCAUGCCAACGAUGGCAAGGUGGUAAUGGAGCACGGUGGUGGCCGUGGUGGAACGUCGGAGCACCGGAAGUCGCCGGUAAUGGUAUCGGUGACAUCACCCGCCACGACACAAACGUCACCGAAACGCAAACACACCCACGGGCUGUACGAUCAGGUGAAGGAACGUUCGGCAAAGAAGCAGGCGGCCGCAGCAGCACACAGCCGCAACCAUCAACCGGAGCGAAAAGCAAACCCAGCAACGGAGGCAACGGCAGGUGGCGGCAGCUUUGCGACGCCGCCAGAUUUGCGCGAAAGCGUUUCCCAGCUCGAGUCAACCAUCAGCAAAACGAUCGCAAACAACGAACAGCUUAAAAAGGACGAAGAAACAUUGCUCGCCCGCAAAUCAAAGCACAAGCGAAUCGAUAUCGAGCGUAUUGUCGAAACGGAACUGCUGCUGCCGGAAAUCGAACGGCUGCAGGACGAAGUGUUUCGGGACGAUUACGUGAUUGAAGAUGUGGUGCGGGGGUCAAAGUUUUACGAUUCCAGCACCGAGCCACAGCUUGACGGUGAAGGAAAAUUCGUACCGCUAGAGCCACAAGUGGAUGCCGGAAAGCAGUUAACCUCAACCGUUGCCAGUGUGAACAAAGCCACAGUAAAGCUGACCACCGUAAAACCGGUCCCCGUGACAGUGAGGAAAGCGACGACUGCAUCCCCAAUCACCACUACCUCAAAGAGUGUGUCGGCUCUUACCACUCCAAGCGGCAGGACCACCGCUACGACUGAAGGAACAACGCCAGCUUUCUUAACGUCAACCGUACCGAGGCGACAGCAAAGUGAAGCUGCACAAUCGUUCUUUACCACAAAGCUUCCACAUCCGCCUAUCACACCGGUGGUCAGCUCGAUUGAUGCCGACGAGGAUGCACCAUCUCGAUCGGACACGACGACCACGACGAUCGGCACAAUCAGCACAACGAGUGCGGCCCCCGUUCCACACCACAAACUCCCGCUCCCCACGGUAACGUCUUCUAUUUUACCAAGAAAUGAAGAACAACCGGUAACAAAGUCGAACCCAACGAUGGCAAUUGCAACCACAGCACCGUUCGCUAGAGCUAAAAUAGUUGCAACGGAGUCUAUGUAUUUGCCAACCGCUUCAGCAACCCCUCCAGUGACCACCAUCACGGCCUCCACCACCACUACUAUCACCGAGGGGACAACGAACUCCGUAGCAUCUUCCGCUUCCGCUACUAACACUCGCUCCACUAACAUUGUCGCUUCCGUCCCAUUGGUGAAGAGCGAUGAUGAAGCCACGACAGGUUCAACCACCAGCAAAACGAAGGCGGUCGACGUGACCGUGAAGACUUUAACUACACCAACAACAACUACUGUUGCACCGAUCGAAUAUCCACCAUCGCCCACGACAUCACCAGCAAUGACUUCAACACUGGCCAGCUUGUGGAACGUCGGAAUGGACGUGGACGAGGAAAGUUUCGAAGCAAAGCACCAAUACGUCGAUGAAGUGGACGCAAAAUCAUCGACAUUUGUUAGUCCCGAGUUGCCACACAGCACCACCACUGGCAGUAGCUUCGAUGGUGAGGAUAUUGGUUCACGAUCCGGUGCUUAUACGAUCACCACGAUCAGCAACGUGCCACUGACGACGGUGAGACAACAGCAGGAGGCAAAUCGCUACCAGCCUCACAACCGCAAUCCAUCCGGUAGAAAGAUGGACGAGGAGUACAACAGCGAAGACGAGGAAGAACACGAGGAGGAAGAGGACGUCGACGAGGACGAGGAGGACUACUUUUCGCAAGGGCCAACGACGACGCAGCGUUCCGUGUCUACUGUUACCAAGCCGACACAACUGAAUCCGGAGGCGGAGAAAGAAAUCGAGUACGAAAACUAUGACGAUGAGUACGAUGAUGAGGAAGAAGAGGGAGUGGUGGAAAUUACCACCAUCAGUACAAAUCCUGAACCGCGAGCAUCGGCCACUACCACCACGACGGAACAAACGGUACCAUCGUCGACUGAGCCAAGCACUACACCAACAACGGUAACAUCAACCACCACAACGACUUCAACGACCACCACAACCACAACUACUGAGGCACCAACUACAACACCUUCGACAACCACCACACCGACGACCACAACCACCACUGAGGCUCCGUUGACGACCUCCACGGUGCUGACUACGGAGUUGGACGAACCGACCAAUCUACCACCGACUAUCCGGAACCGUAUUCCCAAGCAAGCCAUUCCCGCGGGCAAGGUAUUCCGCUAUCCGGUCUCCCUGGAAACUUUCUACGACAACGAGGACGGUAACAAUCUGCGGCUAGAACUGUUGGAUGUCCGAGAUCAACCGCUCAAACCCAACUCUUGGAUCCAGUUCAACGAAGACACGAAAGAGAUCUAUGGGCUUCCCCUGGAAAAAGAUGUAUCUCGAUGGUCAUACAAGCUGCGUGCUACCGACUCGGGCAACCUGACUGUCACGGAAAAGGUUGACAUUAUGGUACAACAGCACAAAUCACACCGCAGCCUAAACCACGAGAUCAGUCUCGCGUUACGUCUAAAUAGAAAGUUUGCCAGCAAUGUCGACUGGCACAUCGAGACGGCACGGGGUAUCUCUGUCGUGCUGGGUGACGUAACGCCUUCGAACAUUAUUGUGCGGGACAUCCGUAACAGCAUCCAGGAUCCAAGCUUGGCCACGUUUGUGUACACAAACGAGACGCUACCGAAGGAUCGCUGCCCGGAAGAGAAAUUGGAUGAACUGGUAGCGCUACUCACGGAACAAGCACUCAAUGAUGCACUCAACCCGGACAUCACGGUAAAGUCGGUACAAGGUCAACAGAUUGCGCAGUGCACCAAGCCCACCAUUCCGAAGGUGAAACCGACGCAAAGCAUCUCGCGCAACUUUGCACCCCAAACACGUAACCAAGUCGAUCAAGUAAACGCCACCGUAGGACAUCUGCUCGUAUUCAAAGUGCCGGCGGACACCUUCUACGAUCCAGAAGAUGGUAGCGACCUGAAGAUGAAGCUCCUAACGACGGAACGGCAUACACUUGAUUCCUACCAUUGGCUGCAGUUUGACUCGAAGAACCAGGAAUUUUAUGGUGUCCCGAGAACCAAUGACAUUGGUCGUAAAGAAUACCUUCUGAUGGCCGAAGAUCGAGAAGGUUUGACGGCGACUGAUGCACUGGUGGUAGUGGUCAAUUCACACCACAAACGUGACUAUAGCGUUCUGUUUGAACUGACGCUCGACAUUACUCAGGAGCAGUUUAUAACGGCCCAGGUACAGCGACGCUUUAUUGAGCGUUUGGCCCAAGUGUUCGGUGACACUUCCACGCACUACAUCAAGGUGUACAACAUCCGGCCCAUCCAUCACACCGGUCAGGUGCAAGUUUCCUUCUUCAACACGACACUCAACCGACUGCAACAGAAAUGCCCCCAAGAGGAGAUUGAAGCGUUGCGCAACAUCCUACUCCACCAGGACAGCACGAUCCGGGCGAAGGUGCGUGAGAUUCUUGGGCAAGAGUUUAGCCUGCAGAAUGUGAGCUUGGUGCCGCUCGAUAACUGUCACGGGUUUGACACACCGCACCACGCAACUAGCGAACCGGAGAAGGCGGCCCCGAAACCAAUCUCGAAGGAUGACUAUUUGCUCACGUUCGUGCUACCGUCGGUUAUCAUCAUGGUGAUGCUGUUGAUCGCGGCCAUCAUUGCCUGCAUCCUGUACAAACGUCGGCUAACCGGCAAAAUGGAACUCGAAUAUAUCAAUUUCAAACCUAUCGCCUCCUCCUCGUCCAAUCCACAAGGUACCGACGAAGAGCGGAAAUCGUUCCGCUCGAAGGGCAUCCCGGUAAUCUUCCAGGACGAGCUGGAUGAGAAGCCAGAGAUCGGUAACAAGUCGCCGGUAAUACUGAAGGAUGAAAAGCCACCCCUAUUACCACCUUCGUACAGCAGCACCAACAAUGACGGUGAAAAUGAAGAUGUGGAUGAGUACGUCCCUCCCCAACCAGUCAUUGUCGGUGGUCGUGAGUCGCGCGGCAAAUCACCGGUCACACCUUCCUACCGGCGGCCACCACCGUACGUGUCACCAUAG